AUGAAAAGUCUUCCUUCUGCACACUCGAGAGCAGUACGCCGGGGCAAGGAACAGACCAAGGAAGAUGAGCAACACUGCCAGCACCGCGCCCUCCUCACCCCCUACAAGAUGGGAAGGUUUGAUCUUUCCCACAGGGUAGUUCUUGCACCGCUGACAAGGGAGCGAUCCUUCGGAAAUGUUCCUCAGCCUCAUGCCAUACUAUAUUAUCAACAGAGAGCAACCAAAGGAGGCCUUUUAAUUGCUGAGGCCACUGGAGUUUCAGACACUGCUCAAGGGUACAAAGACACUCCUGGCAUUUGGACAAAGGAGCAAGUAGAAGCAUGGAAACCGAUCGUGAAUGGAGUUCAUGCUAAAGGAGGAAUAUUUUUCUGUCAGAUUUGGCAUGUAGGAAGAGUCUCUAAUCACACUUUUCAGCCUAAUGGGCAGGCUCCAAUUUCGAGCACUGAUAAGCCACUCAAACCUGUAGCGAGAGCCAACGGCAUAGAUGCGCCUACAAUCUCAACUCCUAGGCGGCUACAGACUAAUGAGAUUCCUUUGGUAAUCAACGAUUUUAGGGUUGCUGCUAGAAAUGCAAUUGAAGCCGGAUUUGAUGGUGUUGAAAUCCAUGGAGCUCAUGGUUAUUUGAUUGAUCAGUUCUUAAAGGACCAAGUCAAUGAUCGCACUGACAAAUAUGGUGGGAGCUUAGAGAAUCGCUGCCGGUUUGCACUGGAAGUAGUUCAAGCCGUAGUUGAUGAAGUUGGAGCUGAUAAGGUUGGGAUAAGGCUCUCACCGUUUGCGAACUAUUCAGAGGCAUCCGACUCAAACCCAGAAGCUCUAGGCCUAUACAUGGCACAUGCACUGAACAAAUUUGGAGUUCUCUAUUGUCACAUGGUGGAACCACGGAUGGUGAAUAUUGGUGAAAAGUUUGUAACUCCCCAUAGUCUUCGCCCCAUAAGGGAUGCUUUUAAGGGAACAUUUAUUGUAGCUGGGGGAUACGACAGGGAUGAUGGAAAUAAAGCAAUCGCCGACGGCUAUGCUGAUUUGGUAGCAUAUGGGCGCUUGUUUCUAUCCAAUCCUGACUUGCCUCGGAGGUUUGAAAUAGGUGCUCCUCUCAACAAGUACAUAAGAGAUACUUUCUACCUCUCUGAUCCAGUUAUUGGAUACACUGACUACCCAUUUCUGCCGUCCAAUGUCUAG